GGUCGUCGUGCGGCAUGACGCAACACUUGGCGGUGACUUCCGGCCGAUGGCGCAGCGCCUGAGUGACAUUUGGUUGUUGACAUCGCCUUUGUGAAGAUUUCUCCAUGUUUGAAGAGGCAGUGCCACAUGGUUUAGGAUAAAACUGGUGACAAACAUGCAAGUGUAUUGAUCAGCAGACCAAACCUUGAUAUCAGCUGAGGGAGUAGUUGUGACUGAGAACAGCACGGAAGGAAAAGAAGGAACUAAUGGACAGAGUGAAACCUCAAACUGCCUGCUCUGAUUCUGGUGGUCACAUCACCAACAUUGUGCCUCUUCAGUCAAACACUGAAGCACAAGCUCAGAAUUGUAACCAGCUGUCAUCAUGGUAACAUGGCACCUGUUGGAGAAUGUGAAGUAUUUUGUUGUCCACCGGCCACCAAUGAUUUUAUUUAUUUUGAGCAUCAGCUCUUUGGGCAUCGCUUUCUUCAGUCUCGGGAUCUACAUCCAGUCACAUGAAGUCACAAACCCUGAUGUGCCUCAGGCCUGGAAUGCAGUCCUGCAAUCUCUCAGUAAACUGGAGUUCUGUCUGUCUGAAAAUGAAAGCCUGUGGCAGACUAACACAGAACCUCUGCCUGGUGGACAUGGUUCCAUAAGGAGACGACCAGAUCCAGAUCCUUUAGCUCAUAUGACAACAAGGCAACCCUCAACCACUGUUGCUUAUACAAAAGGCGUACCAGUCAGUGUGUCUCUGCUCGUGCCAAUGACCUUUGAUUUAAAGGAGCCAUUAAAAAGAUUUUCUGGUGUCAUAACUUAUCUCCAAGCUGCGGUAGUUGGAAACCUGCUGGGGCUGGAAGAUUCUAAAGCAAAGGAGGUUAUUAAUAUCAUGCUGACAUCGCCAUGGCCACCUGAACGUUACCUUUCGCAAAUAAACUCCACAAAUACCAAGAAUCCCCUUAGCUGCAUCAAAAUGACUGCAGCUGCACAUGUUCUGCCCCAGGCAAGAUACUUUCCUUCCUGUAACUUGGAGAAUCUCACAGAUGCGUUAUAUCAGAUCACAUUGGCAGAGAGUUCAGAGAAUACACCUCCACAAAGUCACACAUCCGCUCAGUGCUACAAGGCACAGUACAAACCUGAACCCAAAUUUACCAUUGUGCUGUCAAAGGAAGACCGUAUUCUUUGCAGUCAGCAUUUGCUGAAGGCCAGUUACAUUUUGCUUCUACUGGCUUUUAUUAUCUUCUGUUUAUCUGUAGCAUGUGGUGUGAGAAAGAGACUGAGGCACAAGACAAUGAACCUACACAAGGUUCACCUUCUAGAAAUGUGAUGCUACCAACUAAGAGUAGAAAUACAUGGAUUGUAUUAGAAGAUGAGAAAAUCUCUAACUCAAUAUUCUUGCAAGUUUCCUAAAAGGAAAAUAGCAUAAAGAUCACAUUAAAUUUGUGUUCUUCUCCUCUAAAAACAAUUAUUUUUGGAGCCAAUAGAGUUUGCCUUUAAUAAGUUUUUGCUGGUUGUGUUAUGAUUUUACUUUGGUUGUAAUAAUUACUGGAACAUAUAAAUUGUAUACAAUCUACCACCCCUUCCCUUCCCCCACACCCCAAAGUGUCUUAAAAUUUAAGAAGUUUUGAUUAAACUUGAAUGUAAUAACUUAUUUACAAUAUACUUUGAAAACUGAGGUUCUACUAUUUUCUGUUCACUAUUUUAAUAAACAUUUGCUGUCAUUGGA